AUGUCGAGAAGACGAAGUAAUCGUGUUAGAAAUUCUAAAGCCGUCACUGCUCCUGCUCCUGCUCCUGUCACUAUAAUUGAUGAUUGUGAGGAAGAUGAGUUUCUAAACCACAGGACGUGUUGGAAGCAUAUUGCUGCUUUGAAUGCUCGUGGUUCUAAACCGAAACUAACCGAGGAGGAGUUGGAGGUUUAUAAAUCGAUUGCACCUUGUUUCUAUGAGGAUUUCAAACGCCGUGAAAGGUCAUCAAGAAGAUUCAAGUGCAAGUAUUUAGUCUCCAAGCUACGGAAGAAACUAAGUUCCAAUACCUUUAUAGUCUACCUAGAGGAAUUGUGGAGAGGUCUCUCGGAUGAGAAAAAGAACUCUUUUGUGUUCUUAGAUUGUCUAUGGUUCACUAUGUACAAAAGCGACCCGAGAGUGAGAAGCAGUGUUUUCAAAUCGAUUAAGAAGAAGCAGAUCUUCUCAAAGAAAUAUGUGUUUCUUCCUAUCGUUUACUGGAGCCAUUGGACUUUGUUGAUCUUUUGCAAUUUUGGGGAGAAACUUGAUUCAGAAACUGGAAACACAUGCAUGUUGUUUCUUGAUUCACUAGAAACAACCAAAUCUUGCAAGGAGCUUGAGGCAGAUAUAAGAAGGUUUGUGUUGGACUUAUACAGAAUUGAAGGGAGGACUGAAGAUAAAAGCUUGGUUGAUGAAAUCGAGCUCAUUGUGCCAAAGGUUCCACAGCAGACAAAUGAUGUGGAAUGUGGAAGCUUUGUCCUCUACUACAUUCAGCGGUUCAUGGAAGAUGCCCCUGAGAACUGUAUCGCCGAAGAUUACUCAUCUUUUAUGAACGAGGACUGGUUUAGCCAUGAAGACUUGGAUGAGUUCUGCAACAAGCUUGAUUCUUUGGGAACCAUUCGUUGUUCGAAGUCUUAA